AUGGCGAAGGUUUGUGGUUGUAAUGGCAAAGGCCAACAUAAGAAGCUUACUUGUCCCCCGGGUAACCUGAAAGAAUGUAUUGACUGGAUUCUGAGGGUGACUAAUAAGGAUGGGCAACAGAAUGGUGGUGAUUGUAAGAAACUUGGAGAGGAGGUUGCGAAGUUACUCGAAGAAGCUCAGAAGGAUGCCAAAGCGAAACUUGAAAAGGAUAAAAAUUUGCUUGAAGCAGUAAAACAAAAGUUGAAAGAUGGUACAUUGAUCAAAGAUUUGGCCGAGAAGUUGCAAAAGUUCAUUGGAUGGAAGGAUGGUAAUGGUGACUUGACCGGUGAUGGUAUUGGUAACAGUAAUGGUGGUAAAGGUGGUGGUGGUACUAACAAUAAAUACGAAUCAUCUUAUAAAGAUGCCAACUGGGAGCAAUGUAAUAGUGACCACAUCACUUGCGCCACGAUCUUCCUCGGCACUAUCCCCGUGAUCUUCAGUGGUUUGACCUAUUUGUAUUGGCAGUGUAAUGAGAGUGGUCAACGUUGGUGUAAGGGCAUGUACAAAAUCCACGACACUUCCAAUGCUCUUGGCAUCUAUUUCGUGUGUUGUGGUUACGAUAGUAAACAACUUAAUCGGAAAGGUUCUGGUGGCAUCGACAAUAUCACUGGUGAUUACAUCGCCGGAUUGCUCAACAAUGUCCCGGAGUUCAACGAAUUCAGUUCCCUAGAUGGAGGCACUUCAACCCAAGUAUCGUAUUCUGCCUUCAUAGGUGGUCUGCUUAAGCAUUCGGGGUGCUAUGCUAAGGAAGCGACAACAGAGGGGUUUACUACCCAUCCCCUAUCGUGGCUCUACAUAUGCUCCACAUACUAUUUUCAAUCGCAAUUCAACAAUGCUGGUACCCAUGUUCCAACCACCAUUAGAGAAAUGCUAUAUUGGCUCAUGGCCCUUCCCUAUAGUGGGUGUUUCCCAUUGGCAACAGAAGAUAUUAAACAGGGUAUUGAUAAUAUUACUGAAAAUGCUGACAUUAGUGGUGAGGAGAAUGGUGGUAGUGAUAGCAUUGAAUUCAUUGUGGGUCCUACCUUAAAGGAUAGCGACCCUUUCGAUUGCUAUCUAUCCACAUCGUGCCACUACGCCGGUGUAGUACUAUGCACAAUACAAGGUACACUAAUAACCAAUGGUAUGACUAAAACUGUCAAUAAGAAACUAACGCUUACUGAUAUCUACUCUAAUACUGCUUUCAACUUUAAUUAUCCCACUACAGCUAAUGCAUUAUUCCGUGUUCUAUGGGAUAUCAUUUACUUUUUAUUGUCUCAAUUAUAUUUCCUCAAAAGACAAUGUAAAUUCCCCUGGGGAAAUGGUCGUGGUUGGCAGUAUUGUAGAUAUGGUGGUGAUGUAAAGUGUGUUGGUUGUUCAUCCUGGAUUUGCACUGCCAAAUGUGGUACUCACUCCACCAAUGGUAAAUGCAAUCAACCCCAACAACACACCAACAAUUGCGGCCAACCCGGUUUCCCCUCCCCCCUCCAAGCUUUCCUAUGCGAUCUCCUAACACCUUUUAAAUGUCCAAAAUCCGGUGAAACCCAAAAAUAUCCACCUUACACCGACCAUGUUUCCCAUCGUCAGUUUCAUUUAUAUUGCCCAGUACCAAUGGGUUUCAACAAAGACUGUUUAUCACAGUCUCCUCGCAAUGGUAACUGUAUCUUUUGGGUACUAGAUUACUUCACUCAAGACAAAAAUGACCGUGAGUCCGUCAGUCUCGACAACACAAUAAUAUGUCUAAUCUGCUGCAGCCUACGUACCCCCCGUACAGUCGGCGAUCUCUUCUCUUUCUUCCUCCAUGCUGGGUUGUUCUUGUAUCUUGGUGGUAGUUCCAGUAGUGUAGCUACUGCCAUUGAAACUGCGAGUCAAGACAUGCCCCAAACUCCCAAUACAGAAUGUAAGCAGAUAACCACAGCUCUCAACAAACUAGCUGGUAAAAAACACAACGGUAAACACACCGCCGAUGCCGACCUCUACACCCUCUACAACAGUGAAUGUGACAACCCCAACACCUGUGGCAAUUACCUCCAAUCGCUCUCCUAUAGUAUCUAUUGUAAUAUUUCUACAACUUUCGCUAUGUCCUAUCUAUCACUUAUUGUUUAUCUCACGGAUGUCCUCAAAAAAGGUCUCCAAUCACUAUUGGAUGACUUCCGCAAACUUCAGUGCACCGAUUGCCACCACGGUAUUAAAAAGUGUGACAACGAUUGCCACUAUCCCGAGAAACCGAAAAUGGAACAGCGCGAACUUUUGAAGCUAAAGUUUCCACCUGCGCAAAACAAACCCUGCUCAUGCCCCUCCAUCGUUCAAUGUCAUGGUACUUUGUCCUUACUGUACCAAUACGGCUUCGUAUACUACAAACACUCUGCUUUAAAUGGACAACCAUCAAACCAAACCAAAAAGCUCCGUAAAUGCAAAGACUUCUGCAUUGAACUUCAAAAGUUACUUUUUCAAAGUGUGUUAUUUAGAGAACUCCUCGACGCAAUCAACGCAUUCCUCUACUGCAUCCGUAAACCCUUCCUCCUGUACCUCCUCACCUUCUACCUACUCGCCAUCAUCUACCUAACAUACUCACUAACAAUACCACUCGACGUUCUACACCUACGGUCACACCUACGUACUGCCGUGCUAUCACCACUAGUGCUACUCACCAACUACACACAACCACAUGACAUCACAUACUUCAAACCGUAA